AUGCAAAAGACCGGCCGCUUACUCAAGCGACACUGGGUUUUCGUGGGUCCUGGUAUGAUAUCCGUUGUUGCCUACUGCGACCCAGGAAACUGGCAGUCUAACCUCUCAGCAGGCGCAUCGUCAGGCUACAAGCUGCUCUUCGCCAUCUUACUUUCCAGCAUAUUCGCUAUCAUCCUGCAGGUGCUGUGCGUCCGCCUGGGAAUCGUCACAGGCAUGGACCUCGCACAGGCGUCGAGGAAGCUCAUCCUCGGUGAGCCGUUUGGCAACAGGCAACGAGGGGAUCGCGAUGCCGACAGGUUCUCGCAAGCAGCAGUAACGGGAGCAGAGGUAGGAGCAAGUGUGGGAACUGGCACGGAUACUCAUGCCACAGCAAUUUCGAACCCAGCGGGAUGGAAUGGCCUACAGACGCGCCGACAGAAGGCCAUUUGGUGCACGCGUCGCAUAGUGCUAUGGACCCUGUAUGCGAUCAGCGAACUAGCCAUCGUCGCGACGGAACUGGCAGAACUCGUCGGCAGUGCCAUCGCACUGAAUUUGCUCUUCCCGGGCUUGCCGCUCUGGGGCGGCGUGCUCGUCACAUCCGUCGACGUAUUUCUCAUCCUCCUCAUCUACCAGCCAGAGAAGGGCACGCGUAUAUUCGAAGCUUUGAUAGCUACGCUCGUCGGCAUCGUCUUAAUCUCCUUCAUCAUCCUUGUAAUACGCGUUAAGCCCGUUUGGACCGACGUGUUCGACGGGUACGUCCCCUCCGCCACCCUUGUGCAGCCUGCCAAUUUGUAUCUCGCCGUUGCCAUCCUCGGAGCGACGGUCAUGCCGCACGCCUUGUUCCUUGGCAGCCAUUUCAGCACGCUCAACAGGAUGGCGUACUUCCAUUCCAAAGGGAGUCCUGAUCAUGCCAUGCUGCCGGAUACGAGCGCCUGGGAGCUCUGCGCCUCUUUCGUACGCCUACCAGCGCCGCCACCGAUGGCGAAAUUGAGACAGCGAAUUCCUGUUGUGCACCGUCUCUCGCUCGAUCUGAUCCGCAUCCAUCUGCCGCACGCAACGGUGGACAUCAUCCUCUCUCUGUUCUGCUUUGCGCUCGUCAUCAACAGUCUGAUCCUCAUCGUGGCCGGCGCGGCCUUCUACCACGGGCAGAGGGCCGGCUCUGGCGCAGCAGGAACCGGGGCGGACAGCGACAUUGGGGACUUGUUCGACGCAUUUAACCUGCUGCAGGCGUACGUUGGGCGCGGCUCGGCGGUGCUAUUUGCGAUUGCGCUGCUUGCCAGCGCGCAGAGCGCCAGCAUCACCGUCACGCUCAGCGGGCAGAUCAUCAGCGAGGGCUUCAUCCAGUGGCGCAUCAGCCCGUUUAUGCGUCGCCUGAUCACGCGCUUGCUCGCCAUGAUCCCCAGCUUGGCGGUCGCUUCUGCUGUUGGCAGAGGCGGGCUCGAUCAGAUGUUGGUCGCAUCGCAAGUCGCCCUUUCGAUGGCGCUGCCAUUCGUCACGCUGCCGUUGCUCGUGCUUACGGGCUUAAAGCGCGUCAUGAAGGUCAACGAGGUGGCUGCUUCCCACGUGCCGACUCCGUCUGCGUCUACCUCUGCUUUUGAGAGCCAAGGUCGAGCUGACUUUCAAUCACAGUCGCAAUCCUAUCAAAUUCCUUCGUUGUCUCUGCACAGGUACGCAGAAGAAGGCAACAAGGACACUAUACUGGACGGCGGGGCACCAUCCGCGUUCGCAUCGAACGGUGAUGAUCAGCUUAGACAGCAGCGGCAGCAGGGAUUCCAAGCUCAAGAGCUUCAGAACCAACACAAUGCACAUGGGCACGUGGAGAGAACCGGCCUGUGCACCGUCGCAUCUCCGCUGACAGCAGCAGCAGUGGGGGCCGCACCCUUAUCAUCAACGUCGGUGGCGCCAAUCUCUCCGCCCAAGCGAUACGCAUACUUUCACAAUGGCUGGGUCAUCCGAACGCUGGCAUGGGCAGUCUUUGGGGUCAUCUGCAUUGCGGACGUCUACGUCCUGUCCACCUCAUUCUGA